AUGAAGCAAACUCCGUCCAAUGUUUCCGAACCUAUGGAGAUUGGUAGAAUAAAGUCCAACGAGUGUGUGCAUUGUGCCCGUAUACACAAGGCUGGAGAACGAUGCCCCUUCACCAAAGCGAAAUGCUUUUAUUGCAAGCGCUUUGGACACAUAUCGCCUGCUUGUGAUAAGAAAGCAAGGAAGGUGCAUCAAGUUAAGGAGGAAGGUGUAAGCGAUAAGACUUGGGAACCGUCAGAGAAUAUGAAUGGUGUCUACAAUUGCACAGAAAAUUAUCAGCCACAAAUAACAGCUGAGCUGACCAUCAAUGGGGCGCAUCUGAAAAUGGAGAUUGACUCUGGCGCCUCUAGGACGAUUAUAUCAGAAGAUACCUAUAAGACACUAUGGUCUACACCUCCACCGCUGCAUUCUACCAAUGUGAAGUUGGUUACUUGGACUCGGGAACCCCUGAAUGUUAUUGGGGUAGCAAACGUACGGGCGACAUUAGGCAACAAGGAAGCCCAAUGCGAAUUGAUGGUGGUUUCUGGACGAGGCCCCAGCUUGCUAGGGAGAAAUUGGUUCGAGCCCCUGGGUGUGUACGUUGCGGGAUUAUGUUGGUCCAAUGAACAGAUAGAACCUUUUAAACAAGAGUUUCCAGAAUUAUUUAAGGAGGGCUUAGGACGAUACAAUGGCCCUGAAGUUUCAUUGAAACUGCGUUCUGAUGCUGUACCAAAAUUUUUGAGAGCCCGGCCAGUCCCAUUUCCACUUAAACAGCAAGUUACGGACGAGUUGAAUAAGAUGGUCAAAGAUGAAAUUAUAACACCGGUCAAGUACUCAAAAUGGGCCACUCCAUUAAGGAUUGUAAAAAAGGAGGAUGGCUCACUUCGCAUCUGUGGUGACUACCGGUCUACAGUGAAUGCUGCCAUAGAUAGCGACAGCUAUCCGUUACCAACCUCAUCAGAAGCUUUUGUCAAACUCAGUGUUGGAAAACUGUUCAGCAAGUUGGACCUGAAACAAGCCUAUACUCAAUUAAAGGUUGAUGAUCAGACAGCAGAGCUACUAACACUAAAUACACCUAUUGGACUUAUGAAAAUGAAUCGCCUGGCGUUCGGUGUCAGCGCGGCACCUGGAAUAUUUCAGCGGGUGAUGUCUUCGGAGCUCGCAGGCAUGGAUGGCGUUGCUUGUCUGUUGGACGACGUGGCUGUCACAGGAACCACAGCGGAUCAGCACAAUAAAAGACUUCGUGAUGUGCUAAGCGUAUUAAAUAGGAUGGGUUUUCGUCUGAAUCUGCAAAAAUGUGUGUUUGCGGCUGACAGUAUUAGUUUCCUGGGACAUAAGAUUGAUGCCGAAGGUUUACAUCCGUGCCCUGAAAAAUUAAAGGAAAUUAAAGAUAAACCGGCUCCGACAAAUAAGGAGUCACUUCAUAAAGCCACCAUCUUAGAGCCAUUAUACCGGUUACUGGAGACCAAGACUCCGUGGUCAUGGGGACAAGCAGAAGAGACUGCCUUUAAGAAGGCGAAAGAUCUUAUUGCCUCGGAUUUAACAUUGGUCGGAUAUGAAUUAACUCGUGAAUUGAUUCUUAUUUGUGAUUCAUCAGAAUAUGGAUUAGGAGCUAUCAUUGCUCAUAUAAUGGACGAUGGAACAGAGCGACCAGUGAUGAUGGCAUCUCGAACUUUGCAGCCACAUGAGAGACGAUAUGGCCAAAUCGACAAGGAGGCUUUGGCUAUUAUGUUUGGUCUGUCUAAGUUCCAUGAAUAUUUAGCUGGGCGAAAAUUUUGUAUCGUAACUGAUCAUAAACCCUUAGUGGGGUUAUUCAACCCAACAAAACAAAUUCCUGACCAAAUUUCACCGAGGAUGUUGAGAUGGUCAUUGAAACUCGGGUGUUAUGACUAUACCAUUAAGUACAGACCUGGCAAAGCUAUAGGAAAUGCUGAUGCUCUUAGUCGUUGGAAUGCUCCAAACACAUCUGCUAUAAAGGACGAUUGCAUAAGAGACGUCUUGUUAUUAGAAGAGCGUCCAAUCGGCUGGGAUUUGGAUGCAAGGAAAAUUUCCAAAGAGACUGCGAAGGACUCGUUGCUGCAAAAAGUAGUAUUUUUUGUCCUCCAUGGUUGGCCCCGCGCUAAUGUAGAUCCCAAUUUACAACCAUUUUGGAAUCGCAGAGAGGCCCUUUCACUCAGUAAAGAUUGUUUACUGUGGAGUAAUAGGGUCAUUAUACCGAAGACACUCCAACGAGAAGUCUUGGAAUUAUUACAUACUCCGCAUGCGGGUAUCGUGCAAACGAAAGCAUUUGCUAGAGGGUAUGUGUGGUGGGUUGACAUGGAUCGAGAGAUAGAAAGAAUAGUGGCAGAGUGUGAGCAAUGUCAGGCCGUAAGAAACAAUCCUCCUGGAGAUCCACAGGUAUGGAUCCCUACAGAAAAGCCCUGGAGCAGAGUACAUGUGGAUUUCGCAGGCCCGUUUCAAGGAAAAACUUUUUUGGUCCUAAUAGAUAGCCACAGCAAAUGGUUGGAGGCUGAAAUUAUUUCAUCUAUGAGCAGUGGAACUGUCAUUACAAUUUUGAGAAAAAUAUUUGCAUCACAAGGAUUACCGGAUGUGUUGGUGUCUGAUAAUGGACGGGCUUUUAGUUCAGAGGAGUUUAAUAUAUUUCUUAAGAAAAACUCAAUAAAACAUCUGUAUUCGCCCCCAUACCACCCGGCGACUAAUGAUCAAAUCGAAAGAGCCAUCCAAACCCUUAAGAACAAGCUGAGGAAAAUGGGUGAUGUCGAUAUGCCGUGGUCAGAAAAACUACCAAAAGCGUUGUAUUACUUGCGUACGACACCUAACUGUAGUACAAAUAAAACUCCAGCAGAGAUUUUAAAUGGACGUAGAUAUAAAACGGCUGUUUCUGCUCUUCACCCUGAUAAUACUCAAAGCAUGGCUGAUUUACAACUGGAAAAUGCAGCACAAACACCACCUAGAAGGAUUUUUACUGUGAACCAACCGGUUUUGAUAAGAGCUUAUGGUCCAGGAGAAAAAUGGCUUAAAGGCAUUAUAGAUGUGGUUGAAGGUCCUUGUUAA